UGCUGGCUAUCGAAGCGCGUUUUUGAAUUAGACACCUGGCUGCAUCAACAACGUUUGGGGACGAUCGACGUGCCGCAUUGCUACCAGCAGCCAGACGUAAAUAAUCGUCACCGCCUUUCUAGACAGCCCAUUAUCCCUACUGGUGGAACGUCGGCGGGUCGUAGCCAUGGCGCUUCCAUCACCGGCGUCUCUUGUGGCCCCACGUCUGCAGACACAGGCCCCUUUGCCACUCGUGCAGUCGAAAUGACACGUUUAGCAGACGCUUGUCUCCUGAUGGUCUAUUUGGAUGUCCGUGUGACAGCCUUCAACUAUUUUGGUACACUGCCUAAGAAUACUAAUUACUGGUGCCAUAUUGAUGAUGCCCAAAUAGACCCUUUCGUUGCUGACUUCCUUCGCUACUUGGACCAGAUCAAGGACCUGCUAAUUCAUGCUUUGUCUCGUAGCAAAUUUAGGUUUGUAUUUGAUGGCAUGGGGGACUUCGUUGCUCAACUAUUUCUUCAACUUCUUCCUCAAAUUACCCGAAUGAAUAUAAACGGAAACAAGAAAAUGUGCAGAAAUAUUUAUCGGCUACAACAGGCACUGGUCAGCCUCACCGGAUCUCACGAAUCAGAUUUAAUCAGGGUCAAACAAUUAUACGAACUUUUCUAUCUAACUCCAGAGUCUCUCAUAAACAGGCUUAUGGAGCAGGGAGCGAUGUUUGAGGAAAAGGUUUACAGCGAUCUUUUACACUUAUACCAACGAAGUCAUCCAACCUACGAUCAUGUGAAGACUCGGGAUUGUCUCAGGAAGCUUUCAGAUGUGGUAGCUAGAACAAAUAGAUAA